UCACCCACUUCGCUCGCUGUUUCAACCCUUACAUCCCUGACCAACAACGCCGCAUUACCACUACUCCUCCCCUCCUCUCUCUCUCCUGCCACACCUGUGUCCAGCAGUCCUCCCUCCUCUUCCACUGCUUCCCUGGCGUCGUGCAACCCUCUGAGCUCGAAUUCGCGACUUGAUUCAGCUCCGGCGCUUCACGAGGUUCCCCCACCCCCUUCAAUCGCACCGCCGACUUCCCCUUUUCGACAACACUCAGCUGUCACCCACCUCCGCCACACCCCCUCCGAGAACCCCGCCGACGGGUCCCUCAGCAUUCUUCUUCGUCCACGAUGAACAAUCAGCAGCAGCAGGGGAACCGCCUGCAGCUCAACUUCUUCAGCGGAGGAGACCGAAACCAAUACAACCAGGACCCAAACAAUAGAGCUUUCCCCACAACCCCUUCCACCUUCCCUCAACCCGUUUAUCCCAAUCAGGCGGGUCAACAAGAGGUAUGGGGCACCCAGCCCCAGGGCUAUGGCGGCGGCAAUGGCUACUUCAUGGGCCAUCCAUAUCAGCAGGCUCAGUAUCAGGGGCAGCAGGGUAACCUACAGGCGCAAAGUCAACAACGGUUCAAUGAGGCUGCCAAUGGCUUGGUCCACCAACUCUCCCAUCAGCAUCUAGGAGGAGGUCGCUCCAGUAGCCCUUAUGGUCGGCAACCGUCUCCGAACCAGCAGCGACCGCGCACCGCUGAGACCCGCGGACACCAGCAAUAUGGGAACUACCUUGGCCAACCAGCACCCCGGCAACCCUCUCUCAACGAUGAGGAGCCCCCGCCGAAGAACCCCGGCAAAUACUCCGAGAAUGUAUUCAAGCAGGCGCAGGUUUCCAUAAAUCUUGUCAGCACUUUCUUCAAGGACAGUGUCCAGCGGGCACGAGACCGGAACCAGAGAGCGCUGGAACUGGAAGCGAUCAUGAAGGAGCCGUCUUAUUCCGAUGCCCGCAAAGCCCAAAAGGAAAAUCAGAUGCGCCGUGCUGAGGCCGAGUACCUGCGCUUCCUCCGCACCAAAGAGCGUCCUGAGAACUUCACAACCGUUAAGAUUAUUGGCAAGGGCGCGUUCGGUGAGGUGAAGCUCGUUCAGCGGAAGACUGAUGGCAAGAUCUAUGCUCUCAAGUCUCUCGUCAAGCAUGAAAUGUUCAAGAAAGAUCAGCUUGCACAUGUUCGUGCAGAACGCGAUAUCCUUGCCGAGUCAGACAGCCCCUGGGUCGUCAAGCUGCACACUACCUUCCAGGACAGCACGUUCCUGUACAUGCUCAUGGAGUUCUUACCAGGCGGCGACCUGAUGACAAUGCUGAUCAAGUACGAAGUCUUCUCCGAGGACAUCACGCGCUUCUACAUGGCCGAAAUUACCCUCGCAAUUGAAGCUGUGCACAAACUCGGCUUCAUCCAUCGUGACAUCAAGCCUGACAACAUCCUUUUGGAUCGUGGUGGGCAUAUCAAGUUGACCGAUUUCGGUCUCUCAACCGGAUUCCACAAAGAGCACGAAGCGUCUUACUACAAGAAGCUUCUUGCAGGAGGUGCACACCGGUCAGCUCGAGAUAACCGCAACUCGAUGAACCUUGAUCAGAUCCAAUUAACUGUCAGCAACCGCGCCCAAAUCAAUACCUGGCGGAAGUCUCGUCGCCAGCUGGCUUAUUCCACUGUGGGUACUCCGGAUUACAUUGCUCCUGAGAUCUUCAGUGGACAGGGUUAUGACUUCGGAUGCGAUUGGUGGUCCGUUGGGACCAUCAUGUUUGAGUGCUUGAUUGGCUGGCCGCCGUUCUGCGCUGAGGAACCCCAUGACACAUACCGCAAGAUUGUGGACUGGCCAAGGCAUCUACACUUCCCUCCUGACCAGAAGCUCGGAGUUGAGGCGGAGGACUUCAUCAGACGAUUGAUCUGCGAUGCGGAACAUCGUCUCGGCCGCCAUGGAGGUGCCCACGGCGCCCAUGAAAUCAAACAGCACCCCUUCUUCCGCGGAGUCCAGUGGGAUGGUCUCCGCCGCAUCCGCGCUCCCUUCGAGCCCAAGCUAUCCUCCAACAUUGACACGCAGCAUUUCCCAGUCGACGAGAUCGACCAGAACGACAAUAGUGCAGCGCUACGCGCACAGACGGCGCAAGCGGGCGACGAGUUGGCGGCAGAAAUGAGCUUGCCGUUCAUUGGGUACACGUACAAGCGCUUCGACGCUUUUAGAGGAUCAUAAUGCGGUCUUCUGCAGCUCGUGGGAUCUGGAUGUGGGACUUCUGAGGCGAACUAGAACGCAUCAAGACUUCUCUUCGAAGCUUAGCCCCU